AUUUCUUCUGUUCGUUGUUUUUUUUUUUUUUUACUUCCACGAGUUCUUUUGUUAGGGUUUUUCCAUGGAACCCUAGAAAGCUUAGUCCUGGGGUUUUUAUUUUUCUUGUUGAAAUUAGGGUUUUUUGAGGUUAAUUGUUUUCGAUUAGAGUUACUGUGGUUUUAUUCCAAUUGGGAAUUUUCGGGUUUCUGCUGUGUUUAGGAUUUCUAGGGUUUUUAACUGUUUAUUUCCAGUGGUACAACAUUUCUAGGGUUUUAGGGUUAAGGUUUCUACUGUUCUUAGAGCAAUUAGGGUUUUUUUGGGUAAAUUAUUGUAAUUGGUGUUUCUUUUGGUGCAAUUAGGAAUUUUUUGUUUUUAUUUUGGUUGAUUUCAGUAGCCAGGGUUUUGGGGGGCUAGGGUUUUAGCAGAGCAUGGACUCUGAUCAAGGCAAACUCUUCGUGGGAGGCAUAUCUCGGGAGACAACUGAAGCUAUUCUCAAAGAUCAUUUCAGCAGAUAUGGCAACGUUAUGAGCUCAGUUGUAGCUAAAGACAGGAAUACAAAAACCCCUCGUGGUUUUGGCUUUGUGUUGUUCUCUGAACCUUCUUCGGCUGAUAAAGCUCUUCAAGACACCCAUGUUAUUCUUGGGAGAACGGUAGAAGUAAAAAAAGCGAUACCCCGAAGUGAACAACACCAAAACCAACAGCAACAGCAGCAACUAUACCACAAUCCAAAUCAACAACGGUUUAGUGGGUUAAGUAGGAAUUGUAGUGAUGCUGCUGACAGCAAUAAUCAGUUUAGGACUAAAAAAAUUUUCGUAGGUGGUUUAUCUGCUAGUCUAACUGAGGAAGAGUUCAAGAAUUACUUUGAAAGAUUUGGUAGAAUAACAGAUGUGGUAGUGAUGCACGACAGCUCGACUAACCGGCCUAGGGGAUUUGGGUUUGUUACUUUUGAAUCGGAGGAGUCCGUGGAGAAUGUAAUGCAGAAGAGUUUUCAUGAGCUGAAUAAUAGGCUUGUGGAGGUCAAGCGUGCAGUCCCAAAAGAGGGAAAUAACGGCGGUAACAGUAAUCAUAACAUGAAGGCCGGCGUUGUAAGGGGGUCUCUUUAUAAUGGUUUUCAGCCUGUUGAGUACGCUUCCAAUAGUCCUGGAUAUGGAAUCUUUCCUGGUUAUGCUCCUCUUCCUGGGUAUGAUGCUGUUGGGGGAUAUGUUUAUGGAACAGGUGUUUAUGGUAGUGGGUACCCUACAGUAGUUUAUGGUAGGUUUGGUUAUGGUGUCACUCCAGCUACUCCUAGGAGCCCUUUGUAUGCCCCUGUAAUGCUUGGAGCAAGAGUUUGCCCUCUGCCUUAUGGCGGUGCAUCCAUCUAUCCUACUUAUAUGAAUGGUGGGGUUGGUCUGAUGGGUACAGUAUCUGGUGUGUACAAUGGGAUUAUUGGAACUGCAGUGGAUGGGAAACAUACUCAGGUUCCUGGUGGCUUUGGAGAUCUGCCUGCUAAUGCCAUACCCCCUCAGAUUGAAGGGGUAAACUUGGAUAGUGGUUCUCUGGGUUUAAAAGAGCGUAGUGGUGGUGCUUCUAGUGAACAGGAUCAGAAUGGUCUUGAUGGACAACUUAAGCCUUUACCUGUAGCUGCUUCUAGAUGAUUAUUACUUGGCUCUCUUUGGGCUUUGAAGGGUUAGUAAAUUCUUUAACUGAUUGGCUUAGGCAGUUUAACCAUCACUGUUCAGUGUCCUUUUUAGAUGUAAUCUUCUGGGUCAUAAAUAUGCUGCAUUAAUGUUUCUUCUUAAGUAUUAUGAUUUCUCAGUACAGAAUUCAGCACUCUGUAAUAUAACUGCAUUUGGAUUCUUCUCUUGUGCAUUUCACCUCUCUGUUAGGCCAUGUUAAUAAUGAAGCAAUACAGAAGCAUGUUGGGAUGCAAACAAUUGCUUUCUUGGU